AUGUUAAUAAAAGAAUUAGGAUGUAAUACAACAACAAUAUAUAUUUGGUGGUCAUUACACGAACCUGAAGAUGGAGUAUUUGUAUUUAAUAAAGAAGAAUAUGAUUUUGUAUCAUUUAUUCAAAUAGCACAUAGUUUAGAUUUAUUAGUUAUUGUUUGUGUUGGACCCUAUAUAAUGACUGAAGUUCAUUUUGGUGGAUUCUCAUAUUGGAUUAUGAAAAAACAAGGCAUUGCUAUACGUCGUCUAAAUAAAAUAUAUUAUCAAUUAAUUGAUCGUUAUUUUGAUCAAUUAAUUCCACGUUUAGUUCCAUUACAAUAUCAUUUAGAUGGAAAUAUAAUUAACUUUCAAAUAGAAGUUAAUUCUGAUGUACCAUUAAUUAGUUUUAAUGAUGCACAUCAAUAUUAUGGAUAUUUACGUGAUGGAUUAAUAAAACGAUGA